GAGAGCGGGCAUCAUGCAAGUGUGGCUGAACGGGGAUAUCAUGAGAGGAAAGAGAUUCAAAUAUUCACUACGUAAACGCUCUGCCCUGCCGGACCAGAUGAUGUUGUCCAAGCACGACGAACCUCUGGUUUGCUCUAUAAAUAUGGAACUCAACGAUCAUGAUCCACAGUUCAAUCCCGAGCUUUGGUUUGUGACAUAACGAGCAACAUGAGAGCCUUUGUUGUCAUCCUUUCGAUUGUCUCCCUGGCAAUGGCCGAUCGAAUCAAUCCAUUUGACCGCCAAGGGCGACAAAAUAGCGUCCAAGGUGGUGGAGUGGAUUUUAGCAAUUGCCAAACGGACCCCGAGACCGGAUUUUGUUGCGUGGAGAACGAAGAGACUGUCCAGACUUUGAAGAAGGAUCCCAUUCUUGAAUGCACGCACAAAAAUGUGGAAAAAUGUCACUACACCUAUGUAACACAAUUCGAACCCGCCCAGGAGGAGGUUUGUGAAGAGAACUUUGAAAAGUCCUGCCAGAUCACCUUCAAGCAGCAAGCCAUUGAGGAGCAAGUGAAGAAAUGUUACCGUCCUCUGGAGAAGAUCUGCAAUGGUCAAGGACCCGAGGAGUGCCGUACCGUCUACGAGUCCUCUUGCACCACCAAGUACGUUGAGAAGCAACCCGGCAAGUUCGUGGGUGACACCAAGUGCGAGAAGCUCCCCAUUGAGAUUUGCGGUGCUGGUUGCGUGACUGAGGAGGGUCCCGAGGAGUGCCACGACAAGACCAUCACUUCCUUAUUGGAUGUGCCCGAGGAAGUGUGUGACUUGAACCCACAAAAGACCUGUAAGUUCCAAACCAAACUCGUGCCCAAACUCAAGCCCGAGCACGAGUGCACCAUCAUUCCGCAAGAGAUCUGCAACCUUAAAUUUACCUCGCCCCAACAAGUGGACCAACCGCUCAAGACCAAGUGGUGUUUGGACCCCACUCCUGCUGCUCCUGGCGAAACUUAUGAUGAGAACAACGCCGGUGCUGCUCCACUGGGUUAGAAUGUUACUGAAAAAUCCCAAUCAUGAGCCCUCUUUUGAUUGGUAACUUUUUUCAUUAUUUCUAUUUAUUCAUCUAUUGAAAUUGAAUUAUGUUUGACGUCUUUGAAUGGUCCAUGACUUUGUUGCACAAUGGUAAGGGCCCAUUUUGAAGUUAUUUUUACUCGACAUCUUGCCAUUAAAACCGGAAGAAGCCAA